GACAGAUGUGGAGGAUAAUUGUCACAACUUGGCUAUUGAAAGCGUGAAGUUAACUGGUGUAAAUGGUCGACUGAGCAUAUCGGUUUUGGUUUGUGUUCUCUAUGUCAGCUGUUUUACACUAGGAGAGCCUCAAUGAGGAAACAGCGCAAGAAAUAGACAAAAGUCCCGGCUUGGCAAGAGCAACAGCUUUUCUUUGCUGUUCAUUACGACCCAGCAGAGGCGACAAGAAACGACAACAUUUCUCUAGAAGCCUGGACACAGAAGGUCUAUGAGACAGUGAAACAUGAGAUUAACAGGUCCCAUGCGAGCUGUGGCUGUGCUGCUGUUGGUGGGGCUCACCUGGCUGCUGGCAAACACUUUUUUUGGUGGGGAAAGUGGUUCAUCUGUGCGGCAUUUCUUCAGUGGCACAAGCGAGGAACCAACACCUGCUGAACCCCGCCCUCGAAGGUAUAAAUGUGGACUUUCAGCUCCGUGUCCCCCAAAACAUCUGGCUUUCCGCCUUGUGUCUGGUGCUGCCAAUGUGAUCGGGCCCAAAAUCUGCCUGGAGGACAAGAUGUUAGUGAGCAGUGUGAAGAACAAUGUUGGCAGAGGACUUAACAUAGCUUUGGUGAAUGGGGUGACAGGAGAGCUCUUAGAGACAAAGACCUUUGAUAUGUGGGCUGGAGAUGUUUCUGAGCUGUUGAAGUAUCUGCGACCGAUCCACGAGGGAACACUCGUGUUCGUGGCCUCCUUUGAUGAUCCAGCCACAAAGUUGAAUGACGAGUCUCGGCGACUGUUUGAGGAGCUCGGGAGUACAGCAGUGAAGGAGCUGGCCUUCCGAGACAGCUGGGUGUUUGUUGGAGCCAAGGGUAUUGAGAAUAAGAGUCCCUUUGAGCAGCGUAUGAAGAACAGUAAAAGCAGCAACAAGUAUGAAGGUUGGCCCGAGUCUCUGGAGAUGGAUGGCUGUAUCCCCCUGCGACCACCCCUGGAAAGUUAAUUCUGCCCAGUACUCCCCACAUAGUACAGCCACACCUGGAGAAGCAGCUGUGGAUUCACAUAUCUGUUAUAAAGCCAAGGAACUUUUGAAUGACUGAAAUGAUCCCAGAUCUGGGCCACAAAUAACCUCUUAUUUUCCCUCUCACGACAGAGGCAUGAGUUGACUGCAAAGAUUGUUUUGGACUUGAUAUAUUUAAAUUUGCUGGAAUGAUGUGGAGGAUCUGUGCAUUAAGCUUGGUGAGCCACUUCUGAGCUGAAGUAAUAUAGAAACAAGGAAAAUGUCUCUGUGUGUGUGUGUGUGUGUGUGUGUGCGUGAGGAAAAGGGAAACUUCAGAGGCCAAAUGUUUGAUGACCAAAGUGUAACAGUGACUAGUGAAUGAAUACAGCUGGAAUAGGUCUUCCAAAGCCAGUGAUGGAAAUGGAUAUAUUUCCUCUCUGCAAGCCUGCCUUUAAGAUGUCAAUACAACAGCGAUAAGCAGACUUGCAUGACAUUUGAUGUUCUGCAGGCAAAAGACACCUACAUAACUGGUGUCAUACUAAGGCAUUGGGAAACCUAAUCCAUGUCAACAUAAGACACACAUUUGAGGUACUCUAGUAGUUGAAAUGUCUUACUAAGCACCAGGUGUGUGGGCAGAUUUUAUAUUUAAAUUCGUUAAUAUAUUUUCAUCAUGUGAUAUAUAUUAUUAUUAUUAAUAUUAAUAUUAUUAUGCAUAGUUUUAGCAGCCAUUUUUUCCUUAGAACUUGAUGCACAGCAGUUAUUGCUUGCCCAGUGUUUACAAAUAUAUUUUGGACAAAUUUGCCCUAGUUCAUUUCCUUUAAAUAAAACUAUUUUAAUACCUUAGCAGAAAGACUCUUGGUUUUAAUGGCCUUUAGGAGUCUGUCCACUGACUGCUUUCCUUGAAGAUAAAUCUGUGGUUGUGUUUGUUGUUCUUUUAAUUAUUGAAUGUAUACACCAUGUUUCUUGCAAGCCAAAUAUGUAGGAAAUAUUUCAGUAGAAAUAAAAUAAUUAUUUUACAUGUAUGGUUAUAAGUCAAUUUCAGCAGCUUUUGUCUGUAUUAUGUUACCUCCUAAGUACGUUUUUUUUUCUACAGAGCAGUAGAGUCUGUGUUUAUAUUGUGACCACAAUACUGAUGAAUAAAAAUGUCUAAAUAUUU